AUGUCGAAUCCGAACCUGCCGGCAGGCUUUUCUUUUAUCACUGUAAAAGGCAAACAAUGUACAGCCAUUCCAAAAGUUCAAGCCGCCGGGGCAGGAGGCGGAGGAGGAGGAGCUCAACCACCAGCAGCUCAAAAUUCGACGAGCGUGGCUUCAACGACGACAUCAACAACCUCAUCUACGACAGCACCAGCAACAACAUCUACACCACCACCUCCUCCCCCACCUCCCCCUCCUCCCGUUGCUAUCCCUCCACCUGCAACCUCUCCUCCCGUUGCUAUUCCCCCUCCCCCAACCGCAGCUCCACCAGCAAUACCACCCCCGACAGCUGUGCCUAUCAGUGAGAUUCCUCCUACAACAUCAGCUCCUCCUCCACCUCCUCCGGCCACAACACCCCCCGCGAUAGUGCCUCCUAUUACUCCCACGCAAACCCCGAUACCUCUUCCUAAAGCGACUCCAAAACCUCCUCCUUCUAAACCAACUCCUGUGCCAUCUCCUCCUGUCGUCGUUCCACAGCCUCCGCCAUCCAAAACUCCGGCUCCAACAGAAUCCCCUGCCCCUCCAGUGGCAGUUCCUCAAAGUGACCCACCCGCUAAACCUACACUACUGGGCUCACUUCCAAAAACUACAUUAAGUACCGCGCGAGCAACGAAUCCUGCACCAAAAGGAACUUUUCCACCAUCUACACCAAUACCAGACGCUGCCGCUGGAGGUAAAGGACCGACAGAUGGAGGUAUUUCGUCAGGUCCCCGGACGGGUGUGGGACCAGUUAUAGGUGGUGUUUUUGGCGCGUUCGCCUUAUUCGCCUUAUUUGCAUUUUUGAUAUUCUUUAUAAUGAGACGAAGAAGGAAGAGAGAUUCUCUCCUCACACCUCUGGGAACAGGAACUCGGGAUGAAUUUUAUAGAGACGAGAAAUCAGGAGGACCAAUGUCGACGUUUGAUAAUGACAAUGAUGAGAAGUGGACUGCACGAGAGAGACUUAAGGCGACAGCAGUCGGUCUUCAAAUGGGACUGGUUGGGAUUGGGGCGAAAUUGAAGAAGACUAUGACAAGCAGAAGUGACAGUCUAAGUGUCAACUUGAACCGGGGCAACUCACAAUUUUUAGAUGGCCCAGUCCCUACACAUAGCCGGAAUAGCUCUAUUUAUUCAAACGUCCAAGGGCCUGGCUUCAAAGAUAAAGCCACGGAAUGGUGGGCCAACUUCAGGAGGCAGCAUAUGACAAUGUUGGCUGAGCCAGAGGAUCCCUUUGUGGCUGCUCGAUUUGCAAACGAAAGGAAGGCACAACAACUCAGCAAUCCUUCACCCGACUUUUCUCAGCUCUUAGGAAUGGAUGACCGUGAGCUUCAAUUGCAAGCUGACCGCCGCAGUGGUACAGGAGCUGAAUCCAGGUCCUCACUUCCCUCAAUUGGAAGUUUGGGAAGCUUAGGAUUGAACUUUAAACCUCUUCAGGAUCCAUUUGCGGAUCCAAAACCCAAUAUGGGCUACGAUUCCCGCUCCAAUCCCUUCGCCGACCCCAUUUCACCACCCCGACCAUCAAUCUCAAAACCAAAUAACUAUGUUACCAAUGUACGAAGAUCUCGAGGUCUUUCUAUCAACAAUGACACUGCCGCACCUGCAUCCCGCUACCCAUCUACAUUGGCCCCCAGUCGCGAUAGCUACCGCGAUACCGUCUUCUCUGCUUUCACGAGCACUACUCGAAGAGGGAAAGGACGAUCCGACCCCUUCGACCUCGAACGCCCGGAUCUUUGGCGUCGAACAAAUAACCCGAACUUUGAUGGCCCAGCAGUCACUGGACAUUCAAGAGCACCUAGUCUUACUGGGGGCGACGGUAUGAAUCUCUAUCCCGUACCCAUCAUUCCUCCCAACCAGAACCCAGCGUCGGCCUACACACAACCCUUGGGUGAUAGAGUAAAGUCAAACGCUACGUAUGAGAGCAAAUACAGUAGUGGCGUGGACAGUCUCGAUGGCUGGGGUGACCCGGGACCAGAUCUUGGACCUGGCAGCGGCGGUAGUAGUUUGAAGAGCAGUGCCACGGCACCAGGAAAGGCCAGGUGA